CUAAGGCCUGGCUUGGAUUUCCUCGUUGCUACCGGAUUCCUCACCAUGCCCCCAGCUGGAAAGAGAGCGCAGGCCACGAAAGUCGAGUCCAAAGCACGCGCUAAUGAUGAGCUCGAUGAUACACCUCUCCAAGCUGUCGUCUUUGCGGACAGCUACAACCGUCGAUUCGAAGUGUUGUGUCAAGACCAACCGAGGAUCUUGUUGCCUUUAUGUUCUGUCCCGCUCCUCACUUGGACGCUGGAGAGUUUGAGCCUGAGCAGGGUGAAGCAGGUAUUCAUCUUUUGUGGAGCACAUGCAGACAAGGUUCGAGACUUUGUCGAGAGCUCCCCCUAUCGAUACACUAUGGAUAUUCAGUGCUUGUCGUCCAAAACUGCCAGAAGCGCUGGAGAUGCACUGAGAGAUCUCGAUGCGAUGAGUGUUCUCAAUCCUGACUUUCCAUUCAUCCUUGUUCACUCUCCACUCGUUUCCAACUACGACCUCUCUAAAAUGGUCGAAGCGCACAUGGCACGCAAAGAAAAGGACAAGGAUUUGAUCAUGACCAUGGGUGUGGGACGAGGCGGAAGCUGCCACCCUGAAUCCCCUGUUAUGGUCGUUGAUCCUUCAUCCUCUCGGCUCUGCUUUUACGCUCAGAACCCUCUUGUACCUCGUCACUCUCGCCUCAAGAUUCCUUCAUCCAUCUUUCUCGAGCCACCGCCUGGCGUUGACGAGUGGGAAGUCUGGUCAGGGACACCCGCCAAUUCAUCUUCGCAUCAAGGCGGAUACAGAGAUCUCGGUGUAGACAUUUGCGAAGCGGACGUCCCUGCGCUAUGUACGGAGAACUUUGAUUAUCACGAUUUGAGAAGGCACUUUGUCAACGGUGUUUUGACAUCUGAACUGUUAGGUAAACACAUUGCUGUUCACCUUGUCGGUUCAGAGGAAUCCAGAGGGGAGAGCUCGAAUGGAAUGUACAUUGAUCGAGUGAGAGAUACGAGGACUUAUGGAGAUAUAUCGAUGGACGUAUUGAAUCGAUGGACAUUCCCUCUGACCCCGGAUCUCAUGGGAAGCAGGAAAGGAGAGUACGAGUUGCGGAAGGGGAAUGUGUAUAUCGCGAGGGAUCAUGUUUCUCUGGGAAGAACGACGGCUCUCACCGGACCGCUCCUUAUUGGCGCACGGUCUGCAUUGAAUGAAGGCACGCACAUCAUCUCGUCUACUCUUGGACAGGACUGUGCCGUCGGACCACACACAGUCAUCACUUCUUCCUACAUCUUUGAUAAUGUCACGAUCGGAGAUCACUGUCAGGUCACCCAAUGUAUUAUCGGCACGGGCGUCAAGAUUGGAAACGGUGUCAAAUUGGGCAAGGGAUGUCUGAUUGGUGAUGGAGUCACGCUUGGACACGGUGUAGAGCUUCCAGACUUUAUGCGCGUUGGCAGAAUUCGACAUGUCCCUGAGGACUUGGACUCGGAUGAGGAAGAUGAAGAGGAUGAGGAGGAGAAGAAUGAACGCCUUGAGAUCCUUGGACACGACUCUGUCGGUUUCAUUUGGCCGUCUGAAGAAGAAGAGCUCGCAUAUGAUUCCGACGAAGAUGAAGACGAUCUCGACCCUUAUGAAAGACCAAAGAACAAAAAGUAUCUGCAACUUGGAAGGACGCUGUCGAGCCUUUCGGAAUACCCCGAAUCAUGCUCGACCCUUUCCGUCGCAUCUUCCUCUACGGCGUCCACUCCUGCUUCCCUCGCCGCAUCUGACGACUCUUUGCCCGACAUGCCGUCGCUCGCAUUGGAUGCUGUUCCACCCGAAUUUCAUGCUGAGGCUUCUGCAUCCCUCGUUAGAGCUUACGAAGAGGGUCACUCAGUCCCGAAUGCCCUUUUGGAACUGCGAACGCUUGUCAUGGGAUACAACGCAGGUAUCGAUCGCGCUCGAGGAGAAGUCACGGGCUUCCUCAUGAGCAAGAUGGAUUUCUCCGGACCUGCGGCCAGUAUCCUCGAACACGCUACGCAAACUUGGGCACGAUGGGGCGGUUUGGCAGAAGGUUUAUCACCUGAUCUCACCAAUAUCGUUCUCGACGUUCAGGCUUAUAGUGUCAGUCACGAAGAUGCUAGACCUUGGUUCGGCGUGGUGCUUCGGGGACUGUACGAGAGUGAUCUUGUACCGGAGGAAGACUUGAUCGAAUGGAGAUCGCUCAGUGCAGCGAAAGGUGAAGGCGCGGCAGAUAAGGACAAGGCGCUUUGGGGAGAGCUUUACGCAAAGGGCAAAGCAUAUGUAGAUGUGUUGGAGGCUAUGGACAGUGAUAGUGAGGAGGAGGAUGAGGAGGAGGAGAAGGGGGAGGAAGAGGAAGAUGACGAAGAGGAGAGUGAUUAGAUCAUGAUUUUAUGUGACC